GAAAAAGACGUCGAACGAGCUCUGACUCUGAUCGAAAAUAAUACAGAUGUAGACAAAACAGAUAUUCAUGGGUUCUCUCCCUUGAUGUAUGCUUUACGAAAACGCCUUUUUGAAGUGACGAAGCGUUUAAUCGGAAAGGGUUCUGAUGUAAAUAUACAAAACAAAAAUAAGGAAACAGCUUUACAUCUGAUAGUCAAAGUAAAACACGGGCAAGUUGAGAUGGUUGAGAGGUUGAUCAAGGCUGGUGCUGAUAUUAAUGUCUAUAAUAACAGGGGAGAAUGGUGCCUGGAUAUCGCGGUGAAGUCCUCAUCACCAAACACCUGUAUUCUAGAAUUGUUACUUUCAAACGGAGCAAAAGUGAACGUCAAGGACUUAAAACAAUUUACACCAUUAAUGUGGGCCGUAAAAAACAACAACUAUGAUAUGGUUGAGAUGCUAAUCAAGGUCGGAGCCGAGGUCAAUUUUUUCAAUCAGUAUUUUGAUACAUGCCUCCAUAUUGCAGUGAAAUCUCAAAAACCAAAUAUGCAAGCCAUAGAAUGUUUACUUGCUAAUAAAGCUGAUGUGAACAUUGUAGAUUGGGAGCAGAAGACACCAUUAGACAAAUUGGUCAAAACAGAAAUUGCCAUGAAACUAAUAAAUCACGGCAGUGACGUAAAUUUCGUCAAUCUCUCGGGUAAAACUACUCUCAUGCUUGCAUCAGAGAAAGAUCUUGAGAAUCUAGUUCAACCACUGAUUGAGAAAGGAUGUAACGUGAACGCUGUUGAU